CGUCAGCACGGUCUCCGGGGGCAAGUCCACCAACUCCUGCCACACCGACUCUGUGUAGAAGUCCACAGUGUGUGCAUUAGAAAUGCACAGGGCGUCCGUUAGGAAGCGCAGCAGUCCCCGUAACUUGGCAUACAACGUGGGCAGGUCAGGGGUCAUCGGGAGGGGGCAGGACGCAGCCAUGACACUCGCCCUCCGGGGCUGUAGGUGGCGCAAACAUGGCGGAGCGGAGAGGCUGGGCCGGCUGGACCACAGCCCCGGUAAGUCGAACACCGAGCCUGCUAUCAUUGGGCGAUGGAUUGCUUCAGCCUGAUGACGCAUAUCGUAAGCGUCUGUUGUAGUCACGUCGGCCUUACUGGUUCCCACGAUGGCGCCGGCGAGACAGUGGCGGACUUCGGGUUUCGGGACGCGCCGGGAAGCUGCUUCUGCGGGCGCAAUCAGGAGUAAGAAUGGGAAGCACGGGACCUGGCGGCCGAGCCAUCCGCAAGCCUUCGUGGGGAGCGUUCGCGAGGGACAAGGCUUUGCUUUUCGAAGAAAACUGAAGAUACAGCAAAAUUACAAGAAAUUACAGUGGAAGAUAAAGAAGGCUCCCACGUCACAGGAAUCUCAGUUCACAGAUCAUUACCCAGAACAUCUGAAACAUCUCUAUUUAGCUGAAGAAGAAAGACUCAAGAAACCACAAGGAAAAGUUGCCCAGCGUUUGUCAGAAGAGUAUGUUGACCAGCCUGGCAAUGAAGAGGAUUUAUUUGAAGCCCAGUGUGGAGCCCCCCAUGCUCGGCCACAGCAACAGCGCAUCGAUGCAGCAAAUUCUGUGACUCUUCCAAAGAAAAAUAGAAAGAAAACAUCAAAUCAAAAAGCACAAGAAGAAUAUGAGCAGGUGCAGGCCAAGCGUGCUGCCAAGAAAGAGGAAUUUGAAAAGAGAAAGCAAGCGAGAGAGGAAGCUCAAAGGCUCUACAAAAAGAAAAAAAUGGAAGCAUUCAAAGUACUGAGCAAAAGAACUAAAAAGGGACAACCAAACCUCAAUCUGCAAAUGGAGUAUCUUCUACAGAAAAUACAAGAGAAAAGAUAAUGGAGGCAUUUUGCCUUUUAAGGGUUCUUUUAAACAUGUAAUAAGUGCCUCCUGACAGUAGACUUAAGUGUGUUGACAUAACAACUGCUAAACUGCAAACACUUUCAUCUUGUGGAAGAAAAUUUUCUAUCUAUAUUUUACAGAGUAUGAUUUCCUUAUUUAUUUGCCUCUGAUAUAGGUUGAACCUUACCUGGAGAAUAGACUCAAGCAUGUAGUGCUUUGUACCAUAUGGGAUUAGUGUGGAAUAAAAUAUUUUUUUUAAAAAAGCAAAGCUUUCAGUGAAGCAUUUCAAGAAAGAGGAUACAUUUCACUUGAGUAAUCAGCCGGUCUCUGUGAGUGUGUCUGGUACAGGGGAUUUUUUAAAAAUAUUAAUUAAUUAAUUAAUUUGCAAACAGAAACAGAGAGAAGGAGGGAGAGAGAAUAGGUACACCAAAGGAACUCCAGAUGCAUGUGCCACUUUGUGUAUCUGGCUUAAUGUGGGUACAAAGGAAUUGAAUUCUGGUUGUUAAGUUUUGCAGGCAAGUGUGCCUUAACCAUUGAGCCAUCUCUCCAACCCGUUCCUGUGGAGUGAGUGUGUGUGUGUAGUGCGAUUGAAUCUACAGCUGUGCCAUGUGAGGUGCACUGCCACUGAGCUAUACUGCAGCCCCUUGGAUGGAUGCAGUUCUAAUUUAUUUAUUUAUUGAGAGUAUGGGCAUGCUAGAGCCUCUUGCUGCUGCAAAUUCCAGAUGCAUACAUACCACUU